CAAAGAAAUAAAUAGUUGAAUUCUUCAUCCCUCCAAAAAACUCAGAACUCAGAUUAUGAAAUGAGAUAAUAAUCCAAACAAAAAAAACAGAAACACAGAGAAAGAGAGAAUAAUUGAAAAAUGAUAGCAUGGUUGAAACAGUUAAAGGCAUCGUUUGGAGCUUCGUUCAUUUGGCUCAUUUGCUUGAUUUACUUCACCCAGGGUUUCAGAUCCUUUGUAUGGACAGCAGUUUCCUACCAGCUGAAAGAUAGGCUUAAGUUGUCGCCCUCAGCCUCCCAAUUUGUGUCUUCAAUAGCAUUUUUUCCAUGGAGCAUUAAACCAUUAUAUGGAAUUUUAUCUGAUUGUAUCCCUAUAAAAGGAAGAAAAAGGAUUCCAUACUUAGUGAUUGCAACUGUGCUCUCUCUCUUGCCAUGGCUUGUUUUAGGCCUAAAUGCAACCCUGAGGAAUUCCACAUGGCACCUCAUGAUCUUCUUAACAGUGCAGAAUCUAGGUUCAGCCAUGGCAGAUGUGGUAGUUGAUGCAAUGAUUGCUGAAGCAGUAAGAUUUGAACGGGCCUCAUUUGCUGGAGACCUCCAGACAAUAUCUUGGUUGGCAAUGGCUUUGGGAGGAAUAUGUGGGAGUUUGCUAGGUGGUUUUGCAUUAACAAACUUGCAGAUAGAUACGAUUUUUCUUCUUUUUUCUAUACUUCCAGCCAUACAGUUGUUAUCAUGUGGUUUGGUAGAGGAGCAUUCAGUGGACAGUAAUAAUUCAAGAAGCUCCCAGGUGGUCAAUGGGAACAGUAUUCAGGAUGAAGAUAACUCAUUAGGAAAGAAGUCUGAUAUUGGCAAUUUAAGGAGAAAGAAGAGCCAAAAGAACCGCAAACAGAAAGCAGUUGUCCCUAGUGAAUCCAAGAUUCCUGAAAAAGUUGACUCCUUGGCAUUAAGUUUGUUCCAUUCUCUGAAAGCAGUUGCUUACAGUUUGUGCCAUGCUUUUAAACAACCGAUCAUUUUGAGACCAAUGACUUGGUUUUUCCUAGCACAUGUUACUGUUCCAAACCUCUCAACCGUCAUGUUCUAUUACCAGACAGAGUUAUUAAACCUGGAUGCAUCUUUCUUGGGGACAGUGCGUGUUGUCGGAUGGUUUAGCCUCAUGCUUGGAACCUUCAUUUACAAUCGCUACUUAAAGACCAUGAAGUUACGGAGAAUCCUCAUGUGGGCUCAUAUUGGUUUGUCUAUCUUGACUCUCCUGGAUAUUGUUCUAGUGUCUCGAAUGAAUGUUGCCUUCGGAAUAUCAGAUAAGAUCAUGGUGCUCUGUGGAUCAGCUCUUGCUGAUGCAGUAAAUCAGUUUAAGUUUAUGCCAUUCCUGAUCUUAUCUGGAAAGCUUUGCCCUCCAGGAAUUGAAGGGACUUUAUUUGCCCUUUUUAUGUCAAUAAACAACUUAGGGUCCACUUUGGGAUCAUUCAUGGGUGCUGGGUUGGCUUCGAUUUUGAACAUCUCUUCUGGUUCUUUUGACAACCUUCUUGUAGGCAUUGUCAUUCAAGUCCUCUGCACUUUCAUUCCAAUUGCAUUUCUGUUUUUGAUACCAAAAGAAGCUACAGGGAUAUCAGCAUAGAUUGUGAUUGAUUCUUCAAUGCAAAAUAGGACUGCCAUCAUCUGAAAUUGACCGGUUUUUUUACAACAGCAGUUAUUCAAUAGUGGUAAAGAUUUACAGAUUAGCACAGUUAAAAGCUUAAGUUUCACCUUCUCUUUUUAUACAGUUCUCUAUUCGGAGCAUGGCUCUGAUAAUACUAAUAUGCAUAACUCUGUAGAAAAUUUUUGGUUAGAAAUUGAAUAUGAAAUACAAAAAAAUCAGUGUCCUGACUUUUUUAUUUA